AUGUGGAGGGUGGUGGGAGGGGGCGAGCGGGAGGCAGCCCCGUCGCCAGGCACCGAGAGGGAACCGAUGGACCUUAUUGGGCACCCGGUCAACUCCUGGAGUGGCUCCAUUGAGAUUGGGGUGACGGCACUGGACCCCAGCGUGCUGGACUUCCCGAGCAGCGCCACAGGGCUCAAAGGGGGCUCCUGGGUGGUGUCAGGCUGCUCGGUGCUGAGGGAUGGACGUUCGAUGCUGGAGGAGUACGGUCAGGACCUGGACCAGCUCGGGGAAGGGGACCGCGUGGGCGUGGAGCGUACAGCCGCCGGAGAGCUGCGGCUCUGGGUGAACGGGCGGGACUGCGGGGUGGCCGCCACCGGCCUCCCGGCGCGUGUCUGGGCCGUGGUGGACCUUUACGGCAAGUGCACCCAGAUCACCGUGCUGCCCCCCGAGCCAGGUUUCAGCCCCCCUGCUCCCAUCCCUGCACCUCCCCUCGAGCCCUCCGCACCCCCUGAAGAUUCUGCCUUGACCGAACAGGGGACCCCAGGGGAAGAAGCCUUCAUGGUGUCCCCAGCGCAGGCCCGGCCGGAGACUUUUCCUAACAGCUUUGAGUCGCAUAAUGACUUUGCCAGCAUGGAGCUCUCGGAAGUGGUGGGCAACGCCAUCCUGUCUGCCUAUAACGGCGGGCUCCUAAACGUGAACCUGAGCUCCCCCCCGGCCGGGGAAGGACUGGGGUCCAGUGGUGCUGCCACCUCACCCGUCCUCACUUCCAACGACGCCCUGCUCUUUCAUGAGAAGUGCGGCACCCUCAUCAAACUCAGCAACAACAACAAGACGGCUGAGCGCCGGCGGCCCCUGGACGAAUUCAACAACGGGGUGGUCAUGACCAACCGUCCGCUCCGGGACAACGAGAUGUUUGAGAUCCGCAUCGACAAGCUGGUGGACAAGUGGUCCGGCUCCAUUGAGAUCGGCGUCACCACCCACAACCCCAACAGCCUCGAGUACCCAGCCACCAUGACCAACCUGCAGUCAGGCACCAUCAUGAUGAGCGGCUGUGGGAUCCUGACCAACGGCAAGGGCACCCGCCGGGAGUACUGUGAGUUCAGUCUGGACGAGCUGCAGGAGGGCGACCACAUCGGGCUGACGAGGAAGGCCAACUCCGCCCUGCACUUCUUCAUCAACGGCAUCGACCAGGGCGUGGCCACCCCGCUGACCCCCCCGGUGGUGUACGGCGUGGUGGACUUGUACGGGAUGGCGGUGAAGGUGACCAUCGUCCACAACAACAACCACAGCGACCGUCUGCGCCGCAACAACGCCAUCCUGCGGGCGCUGUCUCCCGAGGGCGCCCUCCGCCGGGCCGCCCCCGCCGCCCAGGCCGAGCCCGAGCGCCUGCUCUUCCACCCGAACUGCGGGCAGAAGGCGGCCAUCACCCACGAGGGGCGCACGGCCCUGAGGCCCCAUGCCACCGACGACUUCAAUCACGGCGUGGUGCUGAGCAGCAGGGCCCUGCGGGACGGGGAGGUGUUCCAGGUGCGCAUCGACAAGAUGGUGGACAAGUGGGCCGGCUCCAUCGAGAUCGGCGUCACCACCCACAACCCUGCCUACCUCCAGCUGCCCUCCACCAUGACCAACCUGCGCUCGGGGACCUGGAUGAUGACCGGGAACGGGGUGAUGCACAACGGGACGACCAUCCUAGACGAGUACGGGCACAACCUGGACCGCCUCAAGGCAGGGGACACGGUGGGCGUGGUGCGGCGGGAGGAUGGGACUCUGCAUUUCUUUGUCAACGGGAUGACGCAGGGCCCUGCAGCCUGGAACGUGCCACCGGGCGUCUAUGCCGUCGUGGACCUCUAUGGCCAGGCAGCCCAGGCCACCAUUGUGGACGACGUGGAGGUGCCCCCAGUCCCGGAGCCUCUCCCCGAAGGGAACAACCAGGUGUCCCCGAGCUCGCCAUCAUCAGGGGCCGGGGGCUCCGACCUGCGCUUCCACCAGCUGCACGGCAGCAACGCGGUCAUCACCAACGGUGGCCGCACCGCGCUCCGCCACAACUGUCGCAGCGAGUUCAAUGACGCCAUUGUCAUCUCCAACCGGGCCCUGCGGGAUGGGGAGCUGUUUGAGAUUGUCAUUCAGAAGAUGGUGGACCGCUGGUCAGGCUCCAUUGAGGCUGGAGUGACCGCUAUUCGGCCGGAGGACCUUGAAUUCCCCAACACCAUGACGGACAUCGACUAUGACACGUGGAUGUUGAGCGGCACGGCCAUCAUGCAAGACGGAAACACGAUGCGCAACAACUACGGCUGUGACCUGGACGCGCUGGGCACGGGGGCGCGCAUCGGCAUGAUGCGCACGGCCAAGGGCGACCUGCACUACUUCAUCAAUGGCCAGGACCAAGGCGCCGCCUGCUCAGGCUUGCCUCCGGAGGUGUACGCGGUCGUGGACCUCUAUGGCCAAUGUGUCCAAGUGUCCAUCACCAAUGCCACUGGCCCCAUGGACAACAGCCUGGCGACCAGCAACACGGCCACUGAGAAGUCCUUCCCGCUGCACUCCCCAGUGGCCGGCGUGGCCCACCGCUUCCACAGCACGUGUGGCAAGAACGUCACUCUGGAAGAGGACGGCAGGAGGGCGGUGCGCGCGGCCGGCUACGCCCACGGCCUGGUCUUCAGCACCAAGGAGCUCAAGACGGAGGAGGUGUUUGAGGUGAAAGUGGAUGAGCUGGACGAGAAGUGGGCGGGCUCGCUGCGGCUGGGGCUGACCACGCUGGCGCCCGGGGACAUGGGGCCCGGCAUGGGCGGGGGCCCGGGGCUGCCGCCCUCCCUGCCCGAGCUCCGGACAAAGACCACCUGGAUGGUGUCCAGCUGUGAAGUGAGGCGCGACGGGCAGCUCCAGAGGAUGAACUAUGGCCGGAACCUCGAGAGGCUGGGGGUGGGCAGCCGUGUGGGCAUUCGCCGGGGGGCGGACGACACGAUGCACAUCCUGGUAGACGGCGAGGACAUGGGGCCGGCAGCCACCGGCGUGGCCAAGAACGUGUGGGCCGUGCUGGAUCUGUACGGCCCUGUGCGGAGCGUGUCUGUGGUGAGCUCCACGAGGCUGGAGGAGGCCGAGGGCACCCAGCCCCCGUCCCCCAGCUCGGACACCGGGGACACCGGCAGCGAGGGCGAGGACGACGACGAGGGGGAGGAGCACGGCCUGAGAGGCCAGAACGACGUGGCCGUGAUGCACACGGCGCUCGAGUUCCUGGAGAACCACGGGAAGAACAUUCUCUUGUCCAACGGGAACCGCACGGCCACGCGCGUCGCCAGUUACAACCAGGGCAUCGUCGUCGUCAGCCAGCCCCUGGUGCCCCAGCUGCCGGUCCAGGUGCGGAUAGACUUCCUGAACCGGCAGUGGACAUCCUCCCUGGUCCUGGGCGUCAUCACGUGUCCACCCGAGAGGCUCAACUUCCCCGCGUCUGCCUGUGCCCUCAAGCGGGCGGCCUGGCUACUUCGGGGCCGGGGCAUCUUCCACAACGGUCUCAAGAUCUGUGAGAAGUUUGGGCCAAACCUGGACACAUGUCCUGAAGGCACCGUCCUGGGACUGCGGCUGGACAGCUCUGGGGGGCUGCACCUCCACGUCAACGGGCUGGACCAGGGGGUGGCCGUCCCGGACGUGCCCCAGCCCUGCCAUGCCCUAGUGGAUCUCUAUGGCCAGUGCGAGCAGGUAACCAUCGUGAGUCCUGAACCAGGGGCUGUGAGUGGCAAGAGUACAGGAACCCAAGGGGACAUGGAGAAAGCUGACAUGGUAGAUGGUAUCAAAGAGGGCGUGUGCUGGGGGCCACCCCCUGCCACCAGCCCUCUCCAGAGCUGCGAGUACCAUGCCCUCUGCUCCCGCUUCCAGGAGCUGCUACUGCUUCCCGAGGACUACUUCCUGCCUCCGCCCAGGAGAAGCCUGUGCUACUGUGAGUCUUGCCGGAAGCUGCGAGGGGACGAGACGCACAGGCGCCGUGGGGAGCCCCCACGGGAGUACGCCCUGCCCUUCGGCUGGUGCAGGUUCAACCUCAGGGUGAAUCCCCGCCUGGAAGCUGGGACGCUCACCAAGAAGUGGCACAUGGCAUAUCACGGGAGCCACGUGGCCGCCGUGCGGAGGGUGCUGGACAGAGGGGAGCUGGGAGCAGGCGCCGCCUCCAUCCUGAGCUGCCGGCCUCUGAAGGGCGAGCCCGGGGUGGGGUUCGAGGAGCCGGGUGAGAACUGCGCCCCUCCCCGGGAGGAGCAGCCCCCUCCAGUGCUGCUCUCCCCGUCCCUGCAGCACGCUGGGGCCGAGACCCUGGCGUCCAAAGUGCAAUUCCGGGACCCCAAAUCCCAGCGUACGCACCAGGCCCAGGUGGCGUUCCAGGUGUGCGUGCGCCCUGGCUCCUACACCCCUGGGCCCCCCUCGGCCGCCGUCAGAGAACCUCCGGACCCUCACUUCAGCCCAGCUGAACUCGAGUGGGUGACCAAGGAGAAGGGGGCCACCCUUCUCUAUGCCCUGCUGGUGCGGGUGGACUGAGGGGCGGCCUGGCGACGACAAGCACAGUGGGGCCCUCGGCCCGGGUCUCCGAGUGACGAGUGAGGGCUGCUGCCUCGGCACGCGUGGGGCCCGACCCGACCCGACCCGGCGAGGGCCCGGGAGCAAGACUCCACCCACGGCAGCAGAGCCGUCCCCGACGGCGUGGUGGGCGAGGAGGAGCCGGGACCGGCAGCCCCCCCUUUCAUGCACUGAUUUGGGGAGCAAGGCUCCCCGGACUCCCUCCCCCAUAUCACUUAAUUUAUUUCCGUUUUCGUUCCCGUUACUGUGAAUCCCGAGCAGCCCAGCCCCCGCUCGGUCCCGCUUCCGGGCCGCCGGGCGGCGGGGAGGGCGCGCGCGGGGAAGGCGGGCUUCUGUCCAGUUGUUACGGACGCGGGUUUCCAAGCAGCCAAUAAACGCCGUCCCUGAG